AUGACUGAUUAUAAAAGAGACGUUGUACGUGAGUUACAUGCUCCAGCAAGAAAAAAUUUUGUACGACGUAAAGUUGACAUUCGUGAUAAGGAUGAAACAUGGCAAGCUGAUCUUGUAGAAAUGAUUGAACAUUCAAAGGUUAAUUCUGGUUACAAUUAUAUUUUAACAGUCAUUGAUAUUUUCUCGAAAUUCAGCUGGGCUGUUGGACUCAAAAAUAAAACUGGAAAAGAGGUAUCAGCAGCAAUGGAAUUAAUAUUUAAGAAAGGUCGAAUAUGCAAAAAUCUUCAUGUGGAUCAAGGAACAGAAUUUUCUAAUUCAACAUUUAAAACAAUGUUAAAAGAAUAUAAUGUUCAUAUGUAUUCAACAUUUACCGAUUUGAAAGCAUCAAUAUAUGCAAGAAAAUUAUAA